AAGUAUCGCCGGACGCCGAGGAAGCGAGCAGACGAAUUGCACACCCGAACCCGUCUACAUCCUAGAUAUGUCCUUAGAUUGGGGAUAUUCUGACGACAACGGUCCUUCAACAUGGGCUGAAAAGUAUCCGUUAGCUGCCGGUACAAGACAGUCACCAGUUGAUAUCGACACAGCAUUAGCAACGAGUGACACAAGUCUUGUCGACAGACCACUUUCCUGGACAUACGGCAGUGACCAUUGCUAUCAAAUUGUUAACACGGGCUAUGGAUGGAGAGUCGAUUGCAAUGGAGACAAUACAGAGUUGGUUGGAGGCCCUUUGCCUGCUGCAUACAAACUGGAACAGUUCCAUUGUCAUUGGGGGCCGAGCAGCGAUGAAGGUUCUGAACACACUGUCGACGGAAAGAGCUAUGCUGCUGAGCUUCACCUUGUCCAUUGGAAUGCUGAAAAAUAUGACAGCUUUCUCGAGGCGGUUUCGUAUCCCGAUGGCUUGGCUGUUCUAGGAGUUUUCUUUCAGGUUGGUGACGAAGAGCUUGAAGGUCUCAAUAAAAUUGUCUCAAUGAUGCCAGAUAUUUUGUUAAAAGGUCAAACUGCUGAGACAAAUUUUGAAUUGGAUAUAAACAGUCUACUACCAGAGACGAACACAUACUGGACUUACCUCGGUUCACUUACGACACCGCCUUGCAGUGAAAGUGUAAUCUGGAUCGUGUUUAAAGAUGCCGUGACAGUCACAGAAGAUCAGUUGAAUGCCUUCAGGAACUUAAAAACAGUCAAUGAAGAAGUGGAAGAAGAAACCGAACAAACCCUUCUACGCAAGAAUUACCGUCCGCCUUUACCAUUGGGAAACAGGGUUUUAAGGGAAUGUGGAUCUUUUUGAAAAUUGUCACAAUCAAAUUGGCAAAAUUUAACACUUAGACGAAUCACUAGAUUAUCACUGUUACCACUUGUUAAAAGACAAUAAAU